AUGACUAUAUUUUCCAGGUUUUCGUAUUUUGAUAGUCUAUUCUCCUUUAAAAAGCAAGAGCCUUCCCCCAUUGAAAUAAUCUAUUGCAAUGAAAACAAUGGUUUCAUAAACAUCAAAUCCUUGGAAAGCUCCACUGACGAUAGCAUGGAAGCAGACAUUUCUGAUAGGGAAAUGGCUACAAUUCUGACCAGAAACAGAAAGAAUUUGGGUAAGGUUGCCAUUGAUAAGAAAAGCAUCAAAAAUCAAUGCAUAAAUUUGAACGAGCUGAAAACGGGCCUUGCCGCCAAUAAACACAGAUUGGAUAAUGACGACUCAACGUGGCACCAGGACGCGUAUUCACUAGAGGACUCCUUGGAAUUCAAUAGGUUCGAUGACAAGCAAAGCAGAAUCCUAAAGUGUAGCACCAGAAGGAGCUACUUGGGGUACAAGAAAUAA